CAUAACCGAAGAAGGCAAAACAUGUCUAAAACCCCAAACCUCCGUCGUCGUCGGAGAGAACAAGAAAUGAGAGGGAUCACCGGAGUCGUGAAGAAGGCUCUUGGAGACAUGGAGUUCACUGCCGGCGGUGGAGCCAUCAAUUGGUUCCCCGGCCACAUGGCUGCAGCCACUCGUGCCAUUCGUCAUAGACUGAAGCUCGCGGACAUGGUCAUCGAGGUCAGGGAUUCCCGAAUUCCCUUGUCCUCGGCCAAUCAAGACCUCCAGCCUCAUCUCGCUUCCAAACGCCGCGUCAUUGCCCUCAACAAGAAAGAUUUGGCUAACCCUAAUAUCAUGAAUAAAUGGGUUAACUUUUUUGACUCAUGCAAUCAAGAUUGCGUACCAAUUAACGCUCACAGUAAGAGUUCUGUUCGGAAGCUUCUCGAGCUUGUGGAAUUUAAACUGAAGGAAGCAAUUUCAAGGGAACCUACUCUUCUUGUUAUGGUCGUUGGUGUUCCGAAUGUUGGGAAGUCGGCUUUAAUUAAUUCAAUCCAUCAAAUUGCUUCUGAACGCUUUCCAGUGCAGGAGAAAAGGAAGCGAGCUACUGUUGGUCCCUUGCCUGGGGUUACUCAAGAUAUAGCUGGCUACAAGAUUGCUCAUCAACCUAGCAUAUAUGUUCUAGACACUCCUGGUGUAUUAGUUCCAAGUAUCCAAGAUAUCGAGACAGGGUUAAAACUAGCACUUGCAGGAUCUGUCAAGGAUGCAGUGGUGGGUGAGGAGCGGAUUGCUCAAUAUCUUCUGGCUGUUCUGAAUUCUCGAAGGACUCCUUUCCAUUGGAGGAGACAUUUGAAUAACAGAAGAGUGGAAGGUAUUCGAUAUGAACCAGAGGAAAGGCACAAAUUUAAUCUUAAUGACCUCCAGCCAAAGAGGAGGGCUCCUCCAAAUAAGUCUGAUGUGGUCUAUGUUGAGGGGUCUUCAAAAAAUCAAAGACCAAGACUUUGUGACAUAAUCCCAGCAGGCAGCCACUGAGUCAUUGGGCAGCUGAGCUAAUUUGAAAAGAUUUGGGAAUUGAGUUUUAAGAGCUAAUCUGGUCAAUAGCUCCAAGUGUGGUUGGACUAGCAUUCUCACUCACAGAGGAAGAAGAUAAAAUAGGGAACGUGGUUACCAGAUUCUUUGAAUACAUUGGUACAGGAGUGUUGGAUGUCGUCCCUAGGAUAGCCUCAAUUGCUGCAAUCUGUUGUUGAAGACCUUCCAGUUAUUGCUAAGUUUUUCUAGAUGAGGAAACUUGCAUGAUAGGGUUGAAAUGUGCCGAAAAUUCACCAACCUCAAAUGUUGAGUGAAUUUGAGGACUCUUAUAAUCAAGUUAAUAACUAAGGUCAUUGGGCAUAUAGAUUUAACUGCAGAAGCGGUAGUCGCCGGUCAGAAUUAGGUGGCAGAACACAAAUCGCCACGUGGGGAACACUACAUGCAGCAGAUGAAGAUGAGGGUGGCACGGUUGGGAUGGCCGGCGACGUCUGAACAUGAUGGACCGGCACGUGUAGUUCCUCCAGCGGUGCGUGAACUUCCAACAGCGGUGUGUGAGCGGGUUCUGGCGGCACGGACGACGAAAAUAUCUGCCGAAUUAUGUUUCCCGGCAUUUUUUGAAGGCGGCGGAGCCAUUCGUCCAUGGCAGCAUUGAUUCAAGCAUCGACGACGGCGACACUAAAACUGGCGGUUGUUUCCUCUGUGUGAUUUCCAUCACUGGUCGUGUUUUCUAGGAUGUGUUCAAUGUCCCGCUCUGAUACCAUAUUAAACCACCAAUUCAUUCAAAAGCUUAAGCUAGUAGUUGAAGCCUGAAGGCAAAUUUAAUUAUAUAUCACCAACAGUUACUUCAUUGAGUUUUAGUUUGCUAGAUGGGAUUCAUUAUUUGUGUUUAUUUACACAAACAAAAAAGAGAUUCGAGUGUAGUCACCCAUCAUCACACUUCCGAAAACACAUGGAAUGUGGCAAAACAAGUAUAAUUCAGCAGUUUAGAACUCUCUACUUUCUUUGGGAGGUCGUAGAUAUAGAUUUCUACCCUCGUAUUGGCGUUAAUAUAUUUCACUGAAGAACAGAAAAGGGAUAGCUAUUUUGCGUUGGCUGCUUCAUUUUCUUAACUUUAUUUUUUAUUUGGACGGAGAUGGCGAUGACUGAGUUUUCUUUUCCUAACAUGUUUGGUAUUUCCUUAGGAAAGGCUUCAGAGCGUUCCGGGUGAUGUUUGGUCCUUGUAUGAUUCUUCGCUUCUCUCUACCAGCAUCGGUUCUUGAAAUGAUCUUUUAGGUCUGGAGGCAUUUUUAAAAAAUUUUCCUCCUUCCUUGUAGGUUGUCUUGUUUGGCUGCCUUUCAUGCUUCUCUAAGAAGCACGAACAUAUACACGGCAAAACGCCAAUCUAAAAUACUAAAAUACUAGAACACGGACACAUUUGGGGAUGCUAUUUUUUUAUAUUAUACUUUUAGAAUAUA